AUGGAUGUGUCUAGAAUUCAGGAGGACAAUAGGUUUCGAUCCGAAUCCCCAGAGCAAUAUCGUCUAGAUCCGCCAUACACUUAUAGCCGGUACAGGAGUUUGUCCAGCUCGCGUUUCAGUAGCCGAGUUAGCCACCGCUCCAGCGCUCGCGAUGAGGCACAAACCCUGGAUGAAUUUCUCCGCAAACAGCGUGUCAUUCGUUACAUGGAGGAGGAGCGUGAGCGCGCAGGACGCACUAAUGUUUUGCGUGACGAACACAAUGAGUGGAUUGAGUUUCGUGCUACUGAGCGUUUCGAACGACUCAAGUAUAUGAACGAGCAAGAAAUCGAGGAUUUACUUCAGCGCGAAGCGGAAGAGGCUUUGAAAGAAAAGACUGCAGCCGAAGUCGCAGCAAAGCGGGUUGCCGAAGAAACGAUCCUAAGACGUCGAGGUUUCGUUGAGGUUAGGAAAAGUGGAAGUGAGCCAGUGGUAGCCAGCGGAAAAAGCAAGACAUCAGCCAUAGGAGCUGAUCAGAAGGCAGAGCGUAACUCAGCACCGAAGCAAGUGCCGUCAGAUGAGAUUGAGGAUGCACGGCAGCUCUGCCUGGAGCUGCGACGUCGAGAAGAGGAACUCGUCGUGGAAUGCAACCGUCUGAAGGACAAGCUAAUUGAAUCGGAUAGGAUAGCGGCCUCCGCCGUAAGGGAUCGUGAAAAGGCGGAGAGGGAACUUGUUAGGGAACACCAAAAAUUAAGUAAGAGUGAAAGCGACAUGGACAGUCAGGCACAAUUGCAAAGACAGGUUGAGCUACUGAAAAAGCAGCUGGCUGAUCUGCAUGGUAAAUUCGCUUUGACGGAAGUAGAGCGGAAAAGGUUGCUGAGCCUUGUUGAGGAGGGCAAUCCCUCUAGGAGCGGACUUCAAGGGCAACUGAAUAAUUUGAAAGACAAGCUUAGGCAGAUGGAGACAGAAGCCGAGGAUUCCAAGAGGAAGUUGGCCGCACUGCAAGAAGAGCUUGUUGUCAAGAACGAGCAAAUCGAUCAGUAUAAGACGCGGUUAAAACUAGUUCAAAAACGAUCCGAUGAGGAUAUUAAAUACGCUUCUCCUAAAGUUGAUCGGCGCUCCGAAAAUGACCCUGAAAUACACAAAAAGGACAAGCAGGAAUUUAGGCGUCUACAGAAAUCCAUGGAAAAGAUGCGAGCCGAGCUGCAACGAGCUAACCAGGAGAAUGAUAACCUCCAGCGAGAAUUGAACGAAGCAAGGGAGCGCCCACCAAUUUCGACGGUAAAGGUGAUGUCGGACCAAACUGACGAAAAGAGUGUUACUGUUCUUAAUAAAAAAAUAAACAAUUUGCUGAAUGACACUAACAGGAAUGCGGCUACCAUUCAGUGCCUCAAAAAUGAGCUUCAAGCAGUCCAGGAAGAACUGCAGUACGAAACAGCAGCACGUGCUAAAUUUGAAGAACUUGCAGCUCAGGCGAUUGAUAGAAAUGGUGUUGUGCCCGAGGUAGAGCUGGUUAAGUUGAAACAACAGCUUAAAGAAAGUGAUGUAAAACUUCGCGAAGCCCGUGCGGAGGCUGAUGAGGUCCGACGUAGUGCUCAGGAAGAGAUUCAGGGGCUUAAAAGUUGGUGUGCACGAUUGAGGGAGCGUCAAGACAAGCAGAUGCGUGAUAUGGAACUCGCUUUACAAAACGUCUCCGCCGAUCCGAAACGGAACUCACACAGUGAGCAAAAACCACAGGUACCGGAACUUCGAAUGAGGACUGCUACAUUGAAUCAUCCUAGAGCAAAGCCUUGGAAGGGUGUGAGCGCAAGUCAUGUCCAAAACAAUGGGAUCCAAGAGCAAGGGAAAAGCCGACUAGAGGGUUCGGAAGUGUCUUUUGUGACCAUCUCAUCUCCAGGUCAUGAUAGUCGGAUAGACCAAAUGCAACUCGAUAUGGAGCGACUUAAGAAUGAAAAUGCGGAGCUCCAGCGCAAGCACAACGAACUGCUUGAGCAGUGCGAUAGUCUUAAGUUCAAACAAUUAACAAGGGAAGGGGGUGGCAAGUCUGAAAGUAAACGUGGCCUGUAUGUGGAAAGGGAGGUUCAAACAGAUUCAAGGUAUCUUGAAGAGCCUGUGCUAUCCACUCAGCCCAAUAUACUAAUAAUUGAUAAAGUGGCACAAAAGGUUGCUAGGGCUGACGCAUUGAAUGCAAACAACACAAAGCUGGAGGGCCGCAUCACUAUUUCAAAGCUAAUGACAGCGGAGGAGAGAGCGACUAAAGAGGUUAUCGAGGGAAAUGUGGAUGAGGUGAAAAUGCAGGUACCCAGUUUACCUUGUGCACCAGUAUUAAGUGCCGAGGAAGAAUCAAAAAAGGCGAUUACAUCAUCUGAGGUUACCGAAACGAAUCCAACUUUUAGUUCAAACGCCCAGCAAAAGAGGCAGCGGACGAAAGCUAAAUGUGGUUGCCACUGA